UAAAUACCUACGGUUUUGUGAAAUCGGUUUCUUUAAUUUGGAUAUCGAUCUAUUUCUGACUGAAUUCGGAUUAAAGUUACUUUUGUUAUAUCUGCCGCAUGCCUAAUUCUGACGUUUCAAUUUUCAUAGAUAAUGUGGGAAGGCGUUGUAGAAGAAAGCUCAGUGCCUGGCCGAUAUUGAAAUUGUGUUUAGUGACGGCUAAUAAAGUAAUAAGUAGAGUUAAAAGCCGCUACAUGAAUUUUUACUUCUUGUAGUAUCGUUUUAGUUUAGUGUCGCAAGCUUAAACCUGUAAGUUGAAGAAAAGGCAUAAAACUGGUGUUCGAUAAGUCUCUUGGCAAUAUGCCUGCCGUCAGGGGAGAUGGAAUGCGAGGGCUCGCAGUUUUCAUAUCGGAUAUUAGAAAUUGCAAGAGUAAGGAAGCGGAAAUUAAAAGGAUCAACAAAGAACUGGCCAACAUACGAAGUAAAUUCAAAGGCGACAAAACUCUCGAUGGCUACCAGAAAAAGAAGUAUGUGUGUAAGCUCCUAUUUAUCUUCUUAUUAGGUCACGAUAUCGAUUUUGGUCAUAUGGAAGCUGUAAACUUGUUAUCGUCCAACAAAUAUUCCGAGAAACAAAUAGGCUAUCUAUUCAUAUCAGUGCUGGUCAACACUAACAGUGAUCUCAUCAAACUUAUAAUUCAGAGCAUUAAAAAUGAUCUACAGUCUCGAAACCCGAUUCACGUAAAUCUCGCAUUGCAAUGCAUAGCGAAUAUAGGCAGCAAGGAUAUGGCUGAGGCAUUCGGCACUGAGAUACCUAAACUGCUUGUGUCCGGGGAUACCAUGGAUGUUGUGAAGCAGUCGGCAGCUCUCUGUCUUCUUAGAUUGUUUAGAAAGUCACCUGAAAUAAUUCCUGGCGGUGAGUGGACAUCUAGAAUAAUACACUUACUAAAUGACCCACACAUGGGUGUGGUAACUGCAGCAACAUCAUUGAUAGAUGCACUUGUGAAGAAAAAUCCAGAAGAAUACAAGGGGUGUGUCACUCUGGCUGUAGCUAGACUGAGCAGAAUUGUGACUGCCAGUUAUACAGAUUUGCAAGAUUAUACAUACUAUUUUGUUCCUGCACCUUGGCUGUCAGUGAAACUGCUACGGCUAUUGCAAAACUACACUCCACCUUCAGAAGAACCAGGUGUCAGAGGCCGUCUGUCAGAAUGCUUGGAGACUAUCUUCAAUAAAGCUCAAGAGCCACCAAAGUCAAAGAAGGUCCAGCACUCAAAUGCCAAAAAUGCUGUCCUCUUUGAAGCCAUAAGUCUAAUAAUCCAUAAUGACAGUGAACCUAACUUGUUAGUUCGAGCGUGCAACCAGCUUGGACAAUUUUUAAGUAAUCGCGAGACAAACCUCAGAUACUUAGCACUCGAGUCGAUGUGUCAUCUUGCUACAUCUGAAUUUUCUCAUGAAGCUGUAAAAAAGCACCAAGAAGUUGUUAUACUCUCUAUGAAAAUGGAGAAAGAUGUAUCAGUUCGUCAGCAAGCUGUAGAUUUGUUAUAUGCAAUGUGUGACAAAACAAAUGCAGAAGAAAUUGUACAAGAAAUGUUGGCAUACUUGGAAACAGCUGAUUACUCCAUAAGGGAAGAGAUGGUCCUGAAAGUUGCUAUAUUAGCAGAAAAAUAUGCCACUGACUUUACUUGGUAUGUGGAUGUUAUAUUAAAUCUUAUUAGAAUCGCAGGAGAUUAUGUUUCUGAAGAGGUGUGGUACAGAGUGAUCCAAAUUGUAAUAAACAGGGAGGAAGUUCAAGGGUAUGCUGCUAAAACUGUUUUUGAAGCUUUACAAGCACCAACAUGUCACGAGAAUAUGGUUAAAGUGGGAGGUUACAUACUGGGAGAAUUUGGCAACUUGAUUGCUGGUGAUACUCGUUCUUCACCCCAAGUCCAAUUUGAACUUCUGCACUCCAAGUACCACCUUUGUUCAGCGGCUACUAGAGCUUUAUUGCUCUCAACAUACAUCAAACUUGUUAAUCUGUUCCCAGAGAUCAAAAAUAGAGUUCAAGAAGUAUUUAGAGCAGACUCUAAUUUACGUUCAGCUGAUGUAGAAUUACAGCAGAGAGCAUCAGAAUACUUGCAAUUAAGUAUAGUCGCCAGUUCAGAUGUUUUGGCCACUGUUUUGGAAGAAAUGCCUGCAUUCCCAGAAAGAGAAUCAUCAAUACUAGCUGUGUUAAGAAAGAAAAAGCCAGGACGCAUCCCCGAUGAGGUAAGAGAGUCAAAAAGCCCACAGCCCAAUGUUACACCAGCGCCAAUAAUGAAUAACACAGCAAAUACAAACAGUUCUAGUGCUGAUCUUCUCGGAUUGUCUACACCUCCUGGUUCUAAUGCUAACACUGGAAAUGGUUUAUUUGAUGUUCUUGGUGACCUGUAUACAACUCCUAAAAUAAGUCCAACUACAGUUCAGCAAAAUAAUAUCAAGAAAUUUUUGUUCAAAAAUAAUGGAGUACUCUUUGAAAAUGAUCUGAUACAAAUAGGAGUGAAGAGUGAAUUUAGACAGAAUUUAGGACGGAUUGGUUUAUUCUAUGGAAACAAAACUCAAUCGCCCAUUCAAAACGUCCAUCCUGAAUUACACUGGACAGAUUUGCAUAAGCUCAAUGUGCAGAUGAAACCUAUGGAACCUGUACUAGAAGCUGGUGCACAAAUUCAACAGAUGUUGACAGCCGAAUGUAUUGAAGAUUUCGCUGAUACACCUAGCAUGUCUGUAUCUUUUGUUUAUAACAAUGUUCCACAAAAAAUUUCAAUGAAGCUCCCAUUGACUCUCAAUAAAUUUUUUGAACCAACUGAAAUGAAUGGAGAAUCAUUCUUUGCUAGAUGGAAAAACUUAGGAGGAGAACAACAGAGAGCUCAAAAAAUAUUUAAAGCUCAAGGUUCCAUUGAUUUGGCAGCUGCUCGCACAAAGCUGUCAGGGUUUGGUAUGCAACUACUAGAUGGGAUUGAUCCUAAUCCUGAUAAUUUCGUUUGUGCAGGCAUAGUGCAUACAAGAAUGCAACAAGUAGGGUGUCUCAUGAGAUUAGAACCAAACAAGCAAGCUCAAAUGUUCAGACUUACUGUAAGAUCAAGUAAGGAAACUGUCUCACAAGAAAUAUGCAAUCUGCUGGCCGAUCAGUUCUAACUUCUCUAACUCAUAGUUUCAUGUUGGUAAAAUUGUUAAAACCAUGGAUUACUCCUGUUACUCUCGUACCAUGUAAAUUGCCAUAGGAGCCCUUUUCUACUUCUUUUAUUUUAAUUCACAAUCUGUACACUUUCCUGUUAAAACUUUGUGUAAUUUUAUUUUAUCAUUAGGAAUUUAGUAAAAUUUAAUCUGCUAAAAAUAUAUACCUACAUAAUAUAUUUAUUGUUAUAAAUGUUAUAAGGCGUAAAUAAAAGACAAAUAAUAUAUUUUGUUAUGUCUCAAUUAAAUAUAUUAUCUUAACAUUUAAAUAAUGUUUCAUCUAUUUUUAAUCUCAACAUUAAAAAUAUGCUGUAUCAGUCACUUUUAAUUUUUUACAAAAAAAUGUUUCAUAUUAUUACUUAUUGUAAACAUAUACCUACAUCUUUGAUUUAACAUCAUAAUUAUCAAACCACUAACAUACCUAGUGCAAAUCAGUAGUGUAAUAAUGGUAUAAAUUUACCAAAAAAUGUGUAUAUAAGUUUGAAUAGUUUUGUAUUUGUAUAUUUUAUGUCAUUAUAAUAUGUUCGGUUAGCGGGACACAAUCAUUUCUGAUAUCAAGAUGUGUUAACUGAUAUUGUAGCAAAGUAACAUUAUUGAUAAUAAAUAGUGGUAAAUUGUAAGAAAUUGUUUCAGAUGUGUUUGGUAUCACAAUUUAACAUAGGAUUUUUAAAAGUCAUGAAUAAAUUUUAAUAUAGUUGAACUUUUCCAAAAUAGUGUAAACUACAUGUUAUUUAUUUCUUUUACUAACUGAAUAAACUUCUCUAAACAUUGCUUUUCACAAAAAAAUUAUGUAUUUGGCAUGUCUAUUGUUAUUGCAGUUACAUUUUUAAUAAGAAAUUAAUUAAUUAUGGAUUUUAAGUUUCCAAAAUUCAAGUCCAGUUAUUGUUAACUAUGGGGCAUUGUAAUCAAUUAGUAGGUACCUAUCUAAUAAGUUAUUCAUUUCAUGAUAGUGUUUCUUAAAUGUUGAAUCAUAUUAUAAAAAUUUAAUCAUUCAAUUUGUAAUAAUAUUCAUCAUAAUCAAUAGUAUCUAAUAAGUGAUUCAUUUCCCAUGGUGUUUCUUAAAUGUUGAAACACAAUAGAAAGUUUUAUAUGCUGAAAUGUUAAUGAUAAUGUUAAUAGUGUAACUUUGAGCUACUGGGGUGUGCACUCCAUAUAAGGUAAGCCACAGUCUUCACAUAAUUUUCAAAUAGGUGUGAUUUAGAGUUUAGACCUUUAUAGAUUUACCUGUGACCUACCUACACAGAAUUUGAGUAAGAUUUAAAAAGAUUAACUACCUUAACUAAUUAAUGGUUUACCUUAGUCCUUAAUACCUAUACUAUUUGUAUUUGUGGCUUGCCUAUGGACCCUGUGCACAUAUUGUUAAGCUUUCCAUUUUCUAAAAUAAGUAAGUACCUAAAUUAGAGAAACUAAACUAUGUUCAUCAAGCAUCAAAUGCUUUAGUGGUCAUUUCAGUUCAACUUACAAUCAUUGUUUUCAACCCUAUCUCAUACAUAAAAUGUAACCUUGUCCAUGUGUAUGAAGUAAUAUGAUUCUUUCACUUCUGUCUGAACGUGAUAAAUGAUUAGCAGUAACACAAAAAUGCCAUUUACCUUUCUAGCUCAUGCAUUUAGACUAAUCAAAUAUUUAAAAAAUUAUGAACAUGUACUCAUGAGUUUAUAGAAUCUCAAAGGUAGACAUUUUAUUUUUUUAUAUUGUUUCCAUGAAGUAUUUAGAGAUAGUUUAAGUGUAGCAUAACAGUACUGAAUAUUAAAUGUUAUAAAAAAAUCUGUAGUGAAGCUUUUUUGCAUGGUAGAAUUGUUUGAGGAAAUGAUUCAAUAAAAUAAGUAUGUUUUAUCAAUUUAUGUAUUUACAGCAAUUUGGUAAAAUAUUACAUAUAUGUAUAUUAUGAAUUUAAAAUAAAUUAUAAAUGCUUAUUUCAUAUAGUAUGCAUACACUAUGUAUUGUGUUAUUACACUGUAAAAUAUAAGCAUGAGAAAUUUAAGCGUGGUUCAUUAUGAAGAUAGUUGUUUGCCCUUGCGCUUCAAAUCAUAUUGUACCUUAUUAAUAAUUGUCUAAAAUAAAUAUUUAACCAGUACAUAUUUAA